GUCCUAAGUGGGACCUGAACUAAUGAUCGAGACAGAGAUGUCACACCAAGUAUCUUAUCUCUCCAUCAUCCACACCAUAAUGACUCCAUGAUGAACUGUAAACAUUGAUUUUUUCCUCUUAUGAGACCAAAACAGCUGUAAAGGGAAAGACAACCUGGCCAUCAGAGAGUUAUAAAGACAGAAAACACCUGUUUGACUCCAGGAGGGAAUCGGUUGGGUUCCUAUGAUUGGCCAGUGUUGCGAAGGUCAGUGCAAUUUCGGCCUUAAAUUAGGUAAGCCAAGGGAGCCUGACGAGACUGCACAUCAUUUAAGCAGAGGGUCGUAAAAGGAUGGAGGUUGUAAGUCUGUUUCAGAUGGCGGGAAGUGGUGAUCAUGAAGAUAACCGGAAACAUAAAGGGUAUGCAUGCAUGUGUUUACGUGUCACUGGGAUGGGCUAAGGGCAAGUUGGAAUGGGGGGGGUGGAGAGAAGAUGAGGUCAUUGGAUGAUCAGGUGGAUGGUAUAUAACGAACAAGGAUGAAUGCAGAAGAUCGCUGAAGGAGUUGCAGGCUGCGAGAGACUCCUGAAGAACACAAGGAAGAAAAAGAAAACAACAGAGCAUCUACGGGGGGUUUGGAAGUCAUCCAGUAUGCGUCUGCUGGCGGUUUUGGCUUUGCUCUUCUGCGUAGUGGUGUGUGUGGACCAGGCAAGAGCAGAAAUGCAGGCAGUGAAGCUGUGUGGUCGGGAGUUUCUGAGGGCUGUGGUCUACACCUGUGGAGGCUCCCGUUGGAAGAGAUUCUUCAGUGAACCAGACAUGGGCGGUCUGUCUGCAGGGGAGCAAAACAGCUUGGAAAACCUUAGCAUCCCGGGAUCUAACUGGAGCAAACGGGACAUAAACAACAUCCUGACAAACUUGUGCUGUCAGGUGGGCUGCAGGAAAAGCGAACUCACCUACUUGUGCUGAUGGACUAUUUGGUCUUUUAUUUUUCCUCUCAGUGACCAAAAUAACUGCCUUGUCUCCCAUCUUGCCUUAAAACCUAAAUUUCACUCUGACGUCUAAUAUGAUCGUUGUAGAAAAGAUAGUGAAUGUGGUGCAUCUGUGAAUUUUUGUGUGAAUUUGAGCUCAAUAACUUUAUCAAUAAAUACAUGACUGAAUGUAUUUUAAGUAGAGCUUGUAUUAGAGCUUAUAGGAGUGUAUUAAUUGCAGAUCGAUUAAGACAGCCAUCUAAGAUCUCUAAGACACUUUGUCAGGUCUUAGAUGGCAGAUAACUAAGAGCUGAUAUCUCAGAUAUGUGUGCAGAAUAAAAUAACUGUGGUACAAGUUUGUAUAGCUUAAAAUUCUGCUUUUAUGUCUAACACUUAUGUUUUAAAUUGUUAUAAGAAAAAUAAAUGUUCUUGCAAAUG